AUGGAAAAUUUCAAGCCUCCUAUGGGCUUAGACCUGCGAGAAAAUGCAGCUAACAAUCUAAAAUCGUUUAAACAGAGGUUUGAAUUGUUCAUAACAGCGAUCAGUGAGAGAGAAAUAAAAGAGCAACGGAAAGUGGCUAUGCUAUUGAACUGCAUUGGGAACGAUGCACUCGAUGUAUUUAAUAUGUUUGCUCUACAAACAGAAAAUCUCACCACCAAAUUGAUAUUUGAGAAAUUCGAAGAAUAUGUUAAGCCAAGGGUUAAUAUUAUAAUAGAGAGACACAAGUUUCAUUCACGACGACAAGAAGAAGGUGAACCAUUUGAUAGUUUCCUAACUGACUUAAGGAAACUAGCAAAGAAUUGUGACUUUGAACAACAAGAAGAAUCGCUCAUAAGAGACAGAAUCGUUAUAGCUGUGAAUGAUGAAGGCCUACAACAACGUCUCUUAAGAGAUCCAAACCUAACAGUAGAAAAGGUAAUCGAGAGCUGCAGAGCAGCAGAAAUGAGUAAAAUACAGCAAAAGUCAUUAAAAGUGGAAAACACAAAAACUAAGGAAGUCAGCGUGAACGUUAUCAAAAAACAAAACUACAGACAAGGACAAGUAAGAUCAAAGGCGAGUCAACAAAAGAAGAAAGAAGAUUCCCAGCAGUCUUACGAUUGCAAGAAAUGUGGAAGUCAUCACAAAAGAGCAAGCUGCCCAGCGUUUGGAAAAGUUUGCAAAAAGUGUGGAAGAGUGAAUCACUUUGCAAUAGGAUGCUUAAGCACCACGUCAAGACCCAGGAGUGUGAAUGAGGUUGCAACGAAAAGUAAUCAGUUUUUUGUGGAUUCUGUAAACACAGAACUUAAAAAACGCGUUUGGAUUCAGCAAAUUAAGAUAGGUAAUAACGUCAUAAGCUUUAAAGUAGAUACAGGAGCUGAUUGUAACAUAAUUCCAUGGUCAAUAUUUAAAAGUUUAGAAUUUAGUAAACAGCCACACUGGAUUCCUACAAUAACUACUGUAGUGAGUUACAUCAAUGACAAAUGUAAGUCGCUAGGGACAGCAAUACUACAUUGUAGUGUAGAUAAUAAGAGGUUUAAGGUUAAGUUCAUUAUAGUUGACGUUGAGAGCAUGCCCAUAUUAGGAUUAAAUACAUGCGUUAAAUUAAAGUUAAUUAAGAAAGACGAUAUAGAUAUAAGGGUUUGUAACACAAUAACAGAAGAAAUUAAUAUGUCAAAACAGGAGUUUGUAGCUGCUAAUGAGAAAAUAUUUCGGGGAUUAGGGUCCUAUCCUUACAAGUAUGAAAUAAAAUUAAAAGAGCACGCAGUGCCGGUGGUCAGCCCUUGCAGAAGAGUACCUUUCAGUAUAAAGGAUAAAUUAAAAAGCACUUUAGAUAGUUUAGAAAGAGCAGGGAUAAUAAAAAAGGUGAACUAUGCUACAGAUUGGGUCAAUAAUAUGGUCAUAGUAGAAAAACCAAACAAAACAUUAAGAAUUUGUUUAGAUUCAAUACAACUAAAUAAGAGCAUAAAACCGGAAAAAUUUCCGAUACCCACGGCUGAUGAAUUGUGCAAUAGGUUGGCAGGCAAAGAAGUUUAUUCAGUGUUGGAUAUGAAAGACGGGUUUCAUCAGGUACAACUAACAGAAAAGAGUUCGGAGGUAUGUACCUUCAUAACACCUUUUGGGAAAUAUAAGUAUACAAGACUGCCAUUUGGCUUGUCAACCGCGCCGGAGGUAUUCCAAAGAGUGAACACUAUAAUAUUUGGUGACAUAGAAGGUGUAGGUAUCUAUUUUGAUGACCUUAUUAUUGCUGCUAAGAAUGAAAAAGAUCAUGACAAGAUUAUGCAGCUAGUUCUGGAAAGAGCUAAUAAAUGCAAUGUUAGAUUCAAUAAGAAUAAACUUCAAUAUAAGACUAACGAAGUUAAAUAUUUAGGGUUUAUAUUUAAUAAAGAUGGAGUAAAACCGGAUCGAUCUCAUGUAGAAGCAAUACUGAAAAUAAAACAACCUACUAAUAAAAAGGAGUUGUUGAGGAUAUUGGGUAUGAUAAAUUUUCUGUCAAAGUUCAUUCCCAAUGUAUCUCAACUAACAAGCUGUCUUAGAGAAUUAAUAAAGAAGGACGUUGAUUGGCAAUGGGGACCAGAACACUCUGAGGCAUUGGACAAAAUCAAACAUAAAAUCGUGGAGGCACCUACUUUAAAAUUAUUUGAUAAUAAGUUGCCAAUAGUAAUACAAGCAGAUGCUUCACAACAUGGGCUAGGUGCAUGCUUGCUGCAAUGCGGACGGCCUGUAUUGUUUGCAUCCCGAAGCUUAACAGAUACGGAGCAUAGAUAUCCGCAGAUUGAAAAAGAGUGCUUAGCUGUUUGUUUCGCGGUAGAAAAAUUUCAUCAAUUUGUCUAUGGCCAUCAAGUCAAGGUGUACACCGAUCAUAAACCAUUAGUUUCAAUAAUAAAGAAAAACAUACAUAAGGUAACUCCUAGAUUGCAGAGGUUGAUGCUUAAGCUAACAAAAUACACAAUAGAUCUGGAAUACCUACCGGGAAAACAGAUGCUGAUAGCAGACCUGCUGUCAAGAUCGCAUCUGAACAAAGUUGAGACCGAAGUCGCAAACAACGCUGAUAAUGAAAUUGUACACUCCUUAAAUACCUAUGUAGCAAUGAGUCAGUCGAGGGUUGAGGAGUUUCAAAAAGCUACCGCUAAUGAUACAAAAUUAAAACAAAUAAUUAAUUACUCUCUAAAUGGCUGGCCACAGGCUAAGUGUAAGUCAGCAGACACUCAUUAUUGGUUGCUAAGAAAUGAAAUAACAUAUCACAAGGGAAUCCUGUUCCUAAAUGAUAAUAAAAUAUUGGUUCCUGAGUUACUACAGUCAGAGAUGAUAAGAUUAGCACAUAAGCCCCACUUUGGGAUUGAAAAAACAAAAAAAAGGCUAAAACAGCUGUUUUAUUGGCCUAAGCUAACUCAGGAUGUGAUAAAUCACAUAUCUGGUUGUAGAGUAUGUGAAAAGUACGGGAGAAAUAAUAUAAAAGAACCGCUAAUACCACAUAAGAUUCCGUCGUUACCGUUUGAAAAGGUUGCAGUAGACUAUUUUGAGUAUGCAGGUAAAAACUAUAUCGCGAUAAUCGAUUACUAUUCUAAAUGGCUUGAAAUAAUAAAAACUAAAGGUAAAACAAGUAAAGAAACAAGUGAAGCACUAAAGCGCAUAUUUAGUGUACAAGGCAUACCCAAAACAGUGGUCUGUGACAACAUGCCGUUUAAUAGCUUUGAGUUUCAAAAAUUCGCCAAACAAUGGGGCUGUGAUAUAAUAACGUCUAGUCCGUUAUACCCAAAGUCAAAUGGUCUAGCAGAGAAAGCAGUAGGCAUAGCGAAGUCGAUAUUAAGGAAAGUUAAUGAAGAAGGAGAGGAUGUACAUAAUGCACUACUAGAGUAUAGAAACAUGCCACUAGCGGGGCUAAAGGUUUCGCCGGCGGAAUUGCUAAUGUCACGAAAGCUACGCACUAAACUGCCGAUUGCAACAAAUCUACUUAAACCUAAAGUACAAAAAGUAACAAUAGCACUGCGUAAUAAACAACAAUCACAAAAAAUGUACUAUGAUCGCGGUGCAAGGAAGCGUAUUAAAUUUAAACUAGAUGAUAAGGUAGUAGUGAGAGAUAAAAAGGAGUGUGUCAUUCACAUGGACAACGAAUAUGACAGCGAAGAACAGCCCCUGUCAAGCAGUGACAACGUUACCGUCAGACCGUUUGGAGUGAAUGAGGGGAGAGCGCUAGUAACUACCAAAAGUGGUAGAGUCGUGAGAAAGCCCUCCAGACUAGGCAUAGCAUAG